AUGAGCCAAGAAAUCUCUGCUAUGAAGAUGGCUAAGUUAAACGCAGCUUUCUUAAAGAAAAUGCAAGAUGCUUGCUGGAAAAUUUGCAUCCCUCAUAAGACUGAAAGUGACUUGAACACUGGAGAAAAGCUUUGUUUAGAUCGCUGUGCGGCUAAGUAUUAUGAAACAAAUGAUUUGAUUUCUAAGUAUUACACACAAGAUAAAAAUUCUCAAGUAACGCAAUAA